UUUCAAAAUCAAAAAUUUUUUUUAAACAUUAUUAGUAAAAACUACAUCAUAAAAAAAAUAUAUAAAACAUUUUAAAUAAAUUAAUUAUAAAUACUACUAAUAGGGAGUAAAAAUGUCAACAAAAUUUUGUUUGUUACCCAUAACACUAUAUGUCAUAUUAAUUGUGAUAAUCAGUGUCCACUACGGCGAUGGUCAUCGAGGAGGACGAGGCCGUGGCCAUAGAGGUGGCGGCUAUUGGGGUGGCGGCGGAUAUGGUGGCGGCGGAUACGGUGGCGGUUAUUACGGCGGUUAUGAAGGCGGAUAUUAUGGCGGCGGCGGCGCCGGUUAUGUUAGCGGCGGUUAUGUACCCGUCUAUGGCGUUCAGCCUGUUUUAGGCGUCCAACCGGCUGUUGGCGUCCAACCGGCUGUUGGCGUCCAACCGGCUGUUGGCGUCCAACCGGUUGUUGGCGUCCAACCAGUUUAUGGUACAGUUCCUGUGGUCAACAAUUAUGGUUAACUUGUUUGAUGAUAUCCUAUUGAAAAAAUAAAUAAUAAUAUACCUAAAUUAAUUAUUAUUAUUAUGUGUAUUAUUAUAG